AUGGAGUAUGCAGUUUGGACUCUGGUGCUAAUAGUGGGGGCCACCUGGAUUCACAUGUCUGUCCUGUCCUGGACACAGAACCCUCUGGAGUGGGAGGUGUUUGUUCGCCGCGCUGUGGACAACUCUAUUAUCACUAAGUGUGAUUUUGAAGAUGACAGCAAACCCCUCUGUGACUGGUCCCAAGUGUCUGCAGAUGACGGGGACUGGAUUCGAACUAGCGGGCCCUCUCCGACUGGCAUCUCUGGGCCCCCUGGCGGGUACCCCACUGGAGAGGGCUACUACCUGCACAUGGAUUCUAGAACCUUCCGGACGGGUGGAGUGGCCCGCCUGCGUAGCCCGGAUAUUUGGGAGCAUGGCCCGCUCUGCCUGUAUUUCGCCUACCACAUGUUUGGCUUGUCCUGGGGUGCCCAGCUCAGACUCCUCCUGCUCAUGGGGACACAGGACAACCGCCCCAAGGUGCUCUGGAAACACGUGAACACCCAGAGCCCCUCCUGGAUGCCCACCACUGUCACACUGCCCGCUGAGCUGAUCCUGCCAAGCCGGCUGAUAUUCGAGGGAAUGAGGGGCAAUACCCCCUUCCUGGAUAUCUCUCUGGACGCCCUGUCCAUCCAUCGAGGUACCUGCAAUCGGGAUGGCUUCUAUAUGCUCCUGGACCCCAAAAACGCAAAGCCUGGGCAGAAAUCUGUUCUCCUCAGCCCCCUGAGUCAGUCUGAUGGCUGCCUGACCCUUUCCUUCAAUUACAUCCUGUGGGGACAUUCUCUUGACGCAGCUCUUCUCGUCUAUGCCUCCCUGUUAGGCAGUAUCCGGAAACACACAAUCUUCUCAGGACAGCCAGGACCCACCUGGAAGCCCGUGUCUGUCAACUACACAGGGCAGGGACAGAUUCAGUUCACCGUGGUGGGCGUCUUUGGAAUCAUCCCAGAGCCGGCGGUCGCCGUGGAUGCCAUAAGCAUUGCUCCCUGUGGGGAGAGCGUCCCUCACUGUGACUUUGAAGACAGUGCCCAUCCGUUCUGCGACUGGAGCCAUGUAUUCAGUGAUGGCGGACACUGGGCCUGGGGAAGCAAAAACCUCCCCACCAUUGUGGGAGGCUCCAAAGAUUCCACAUAUGAAGGAGAACACUACAUUUACUUUGAGGCAGACAAGUUCUCCCGGGCAGGGCAGUCCGUCCGGCUGGGGAGCCGACCCUUCUGUGCUCCAGGGGACAUCUGUGUGGAGUUUGCCUACCACAUGAAUGGCCUUGGAAAAGGUUCCAUGCUUAAGCUGCUGUUGGGGAGUCCUGCAGGUAGUUCCCCCAUUACUCUGUGGCACCGUGUUGGGGCUCAGGGCCCUGGAUGGCUGAACAGCUCUGUCACUGUUCCCUCGGGAUAUCAACAGCCCAUGCAGCUGUUUUUUGAGGCAACCCGGGGUAGCAACUCUGCCUUCCUCAUUGCCCUGCGUUUUAUUAAGAUCAGCCACAGACUCUGUGGAGAACCAUUCUUCAGGGUGACAGCUGAGAAUGAGAAGCGAGCCUUGGAAGGUGUGUCUUGCCUGAGUAAAGUCUACGUGGCCUUGUCAGAGACCUCCAUUACCCUGCUCAAGGGCAGACGCAUACUGGUUGGGAAUGAGCAUGUGGACCUCCCAGUAAUGCUUUCUAAUGACACCUACAUGAGUCUGAGCGGUCGGUUCAUCGUACUUCAGACGCCAUUUGGUUUGACUGUGCGGUGGGACGGCGACCAGCAGCUGUUUGUGACAGUGACCAGUACCCAUGCAGGCCACCUCUGUGGUUUAUGUGGGAACUACGAUGGAGAAAGCGGUAAUGACUACCUGAAGCCCGAUGGCGGCCAGGCCCAGGAUGCGGAGGAGCUGGGCCACAGCUGGCAGGUGGCCCACAACGAAAGCAAGGAGUGCGAGAAGAGAAACGAAACUGUCGCCGUUUGUGCCCCUGAGGUGCUCACCACCCUAUCAGGACCGGCUUUCUGUGGCCAGCUCACCCUGCCCGAUGGAAUCUUUGAGACAUGCCUGAACCGUCUGAAGGCUACUUCCUUCUUUGACAACUGUGUGUCAGACAUGUGUAGUUUCCAAGGAGUCCAAACCAUGCUCUGCGCUCACAUAUCCACGUUGACGGCCAUCUGCCAGAGCGCUGGCCUGCCCGUCCGGCCCUGGAGGGAAUCCAGCUUCUGCCCCCUGGCCUGCCCCCCCAAUAGCAGGUACUCCCUGUGUGCCAAGCCAUGCCCAGAGACCUGCCAGGCAAAGUUAACACAGAAGCCCUGCCCAUACCCGUGUGUGGAGGCCUGCGAGUGCAACCCCGGCUUCAUCCUCAGCGGCUCCCAAUGCGUCCACCGGAACCAGUGCGGGUGCCUCACCCCGUCAGGGCGGUACUUGAAGCUUGGGGAUGUGUGGUACAAGCCGAACUGCAAAGAGAUCUGCGAAUGUGGCAGCAACCACAAAAUUCGCUGCCAUGCCUGGAAUUGUACGGCCCAGGAGACCUGCAGAUGGAAAGACGGCAGCUAUGGCUGCCAUGCCUUAAGUGCAGGCACCUGCCUUGUCUCUGGUGACCCUCAUUACCUGACCUUCGAUGGAGCCCUUCACCACUUCACAGGCACCUGUAAUUAUGUCCUGUCCAAGCCCUGCUGGACAGGCUUCCAGGACAACUACUUUGUGGUGAGCGCCUCCAAUGAGAACCGUGGCGGGAGCCUAGAGGCAUCAUACAUCAAAGCUGUGCACUUGGUGGUCUUCGACCUCAGGAUCUCACUGUUCAAAGGCUACACGGUCACGGUGGAGGGCCGCCAGGUGGCCCUGCCUGUGUGGCUCUUUCAGGACCGGGUGACCAUUCGGUUCAGCGGCUCCUUCAUCCUGUUCCACACUGACUUCGGGCUGCAGGUCCGCUACGACGGGAACCACCUGGUUAUGGUGUCCGUGCCCUCCUCCUACGCAGGCCGGCUGUGUGGGAUGUGUGGAAACUACAACAACAAUAGCUUGGAUGACAACCUAAAGCCUGACAAAAGGCCAGCCAGCAACUCCUCUCAGCUAGGGGCUAGUUGGAAGAUAGCCGAGUCCUCUGACCCGGGCUGCUUUGUGACAGGUAGCAGCCCCGUCAACUGCCAAGACACCAGCACUUCCACCAUCUGGAAUAAGAACUGUGGCAUCCUCCUGAACCCCAUGGGGCCUUUCGCCAGCUGUCACCUGAUGGUGUCUCCACAGCCAAGCUUUGCCAGUUGUGUGCACAGCCAGUGUGAAAGCAAGGGCAAUGCCCUGUCUCUGUGCCACUCCCUGCAGGCCUACGCCAGCCUGUGCGCCCAGGCUGGCCAGGCGGUGGCCUGGCGCAACAACACCUUCUGCCCUCUGAAGUGUCUGCCAAACAGCAGCUACAAGCCCUGUGCCAACCCCUGCCCAGAUGCCUGCCUCUCUCUGAACUCCCCAACAUACUGCCCUGUGCUACCCUGUGUAGAGGGCUGUGAAUGCCAGAGAGGAUACAUCCUGAGCGGACAUUCCUGUGUACCUCCCAGCUACUGUGGCUGCAGGGACCCGGAGGGCUUCUACCAUAUGGUGGGGGAGAGCUGGUACCCAGAGAAGACCUGCCGCGUUCUCUGCAACUGCUGGAUCAGCAACAACAUCACUUGCGGUCCUGCAGCCUGCGAGGCCAGCCAGAUGUGCUCCUCUCAGGAUGGCCUGUUCCACUGCCAGACCAUAGGCACAGGAGUGUGUCACGUCUCUGAGGAUGUGAGGUAUGUGAGCUUUGAUGGCGUUGGUCAGCCCAUAUUUGGAACGUGCACACAUAUCCUGGUGAAAGUAUGCGACCCCAGCUCGAAGUUGCCAUUCUUUGAGAUCAGUGCCAAGAGUGAGAGUCAAGAAGGCAAGCCCUUUCGCAUCUUCCGUGUCUACAUAACUGUCUUCAGCUACCAAAUCUCCUUGCAAAAGGGACACUCAGUGAUGGUCAAUGAUGAGCCAGUCACCCUUCCUACCAACUCCAAGAUCCACGGGGUCAAAAUCACUUCCAGCGGAGACUACACCCUGGUCGACAUUAAGAAUGGAGUACAGGUCAAAUAUGGUGGCGAUCAUUUCUUGGAGAUCAAAGUCCCAGCAGCCUAUCACAAAAAGCUAUGUGGUGUGUGUGGGAACUUCAACGGCCAGAAAGAAGAUGACCUAAUGAUGCCCAAUAAUGAAUUAGCUGAGGAAGCCCACGACUUCAUGGACAGCUGGCAAAACCGUGACAUCGACCCAACUUGCCAGGCCCCGGAAGAGUUCACGCAAGUGGAAGUAGAGGAGACCACGCAUGAGAAAUGCCGGCCAGCCGACCUGGGCAAAGCCCGGCAAGCCUGCCAGGAGGCUCUGCAGACCCCAGCCUGGGCUGAGUGUGCCACGAGGGUGGACGUCAAGCCCUACAUCUUGGGCUGCAUAGACAAGAUCUGUGAGUUUGGGGGGCGCUCCAGUGGCCUCGUCCACACCCUCUGUGAAACCCUCCAGGGCUUCGAGUCUGCCUGCCGCAAUGAGGGCCUCAAGACUCCCAUCUGGAGGAAUAGCACCUUCUGCCCUCUGGAAUGCCCAGUUAACAGCCGAUACUCUAAUUGCCUUCCGUCCUGCACACCAUCCUGCCGGGAGCUGGAUUGUGAGAGCGCAGCGGUCAGAGUCCCCCUCACCUGCACGGAGGGGUGCAUCUGCCAGACAGACUAUGUGCUGAACGAGGGCCAGUGUGUGCCCAAGAGCUCCUGUGACUGCAGAACUGCCGAGGGGGCGGUCAUCGCCGUGAACAAAACUUGGAUCUCUAGUGGCUGUACCCAGAAGUGCAUGUGUUCGGAAGGGAGGGUUCAGUGUCGUUCCUUCCAGUGCCCCUAUGGGUCCCAUUGCCAGAAUGGGGAAAACGACAACAGUUUCUGUGCUGCUGACAAGUCGGAUCAGUGCACAAUCUUAGGAGACCCCUAUUACCGCACGUUUGACCGCUUCGGGUACCAUUUCCCAGGCCGAAUGACCUAUAUCCUCGUAAAGACAGUGGAAAGCCUGCCCGAGGGCUUAGAGAGCCUGCUUGUGGAGGGGCGGAACAAGCUGACGAAGUCCUCCAGUCCCACCCUCUACGAAGUGAUCAUUAUGGUCUAUGGCUAUAAAGUCCAACUCCAAACAAACCUGGAGCUUGUGGUCAAUGAUCAGAAGAUGAGCAUCCCCUACACGCCCAUUGAGGAGCUGGAGGUCACCCUGCGAGGUACUCGGAUUUUUCUGAUCACUGCAUUUCAGCUGAUCGUUAGCUACGAUGGCAAGAAUCUUGCAGUGAUCAACCUGCCUAGCACCUACCAGGGGCUGGUGCGUGGCCUGUGUGGGAACUACGACAGAGACAGGACAAACGACUUCAUGCUACCCAGCGGCCGGGUCACCCAGAAUAUCCACGUGUUCGUCAGCAGCUGGACCGUGAAUCCCCAGGACUCCCUCCUCCGCUUCCCAAGGGCCUUACCAGAGCAAGCAGAAGGAGAGGAGAAAGACGCACCUGCCAUCCAGUCACAGUGCAGCCCAGAACAGCUGACUUUAAUCCAUGCUAGCCAGGCCUGUCGGGUAUUGGUGGACCCCCAGGGUCCUUUUGCCACCUGUCACCAGAUUAUAGAUCCAGAACCCUUCCAGGAGCACUGUGUGUUUGAUCUGUGUGCUGGUCAGGACCCCCAAGAACAAGAGGAGCUGCGCUGCCGGGCCCUCAGUGGCCAUGGUGUGCCCGGCCAACACGGUGUACAAGAGCUGCAUGACGCCCUGCCUGGCAUCCUGUGCCAACCCGGCGGCCGCCAGGGGCUGUGAGGGUCCCUGCUUAGAAGGCUGUGCCAGCCUCCCCGGCCACAUCUACAGUGGCACCAGGAGCCUCCCAAGGCCCGCUGCGGCUGCACUGCCGCUGGCAUCUAUUACCAGCUGGGUGACAGCUUUGUGACAGAGGACUGUGCCCAGCAUUGUACCUGUGCCAGCUCGGGGCUCCUGCUGUGUGAGCCCUUUGGCUGCAGCGCUGGGGAGAUCUGCACACUGGCCAACUUCACCCGAGGCUGCUUCCGAGAAAGCCUGUGUCUGCGGAACCCGUGCCACAACGACGGACGCUGUCACGAGCAGGGAGCCAGCUUCACCUGCGAGUGUGACCCCGGCUACGGGGGGCGCCUCUGCACCGAGCCCUGGGACAUCCUGGGCCCCCAAAAGCCAGAACCAUCCAGCUUUGUGGCCGUCCUGCUGGGGAUGCUGGUGCCUGUGGUGGUCAUUCUGCCGCUCCUGGUGGCAGUGGCCACCAGGGAGUGUGUCCACAGGAUGAGGCGGCAGCCAUGGAGGAGGGAGAAACCGCGGAGCCCAGAAGGCUGGCUGGUGGACCGAGGUGAGAACUGCUCCCUGGGGCCCUGGGCUUGCAUGGGCACGGAGUGCAAUUCCCAGCCAACAGACUUUCUGGCUUUCUCCUCAGGCAAUGUUCCAGAGCCUGCCUUCAAAGCUAUGCCCUUAUGA